AUGUUUCUGGAGAAGUUGAGUUUGUUUCUAGUGCUCAUGUGCUUUGUUUUGGCGCUGUCACACACCGGACUUACGCAAGAUUUUGAGUAUGAGCUUGACGAUGUGAUUUCCGAAGAUUACACCGACUGGAAUACAACCAUUCGUGAAAUCAUCACCUUAUUCCCCGGGUACAACUGCUCUGAUGACCCCAAAUGGCCGUAUGGAGAAGAACAGAUCUUUACGUGUGACAUUCUUCCUCCGUCAUCGAAAGUUCCAGAUUCAGUGCACAGACUGCGUCCAGGUGACAUCAACGUUAUUGGGGCCAUAGGCGAUUCACUGUCUGCUGCCAGUGGUGGUGGAGCAUGUUCAAUGCCUCAGAUGCUGUAUCAAUACAGGGGGAAAGUAUUCAGUCAUGGUGGGGACGAAACCUACGCAACAGUGCCGACACUUGCCAAUAUAUUACGGAAAUACAACCCCGGACUGAAAGGAUUUGGCAAGGAUACCGGAGGGUGGAUGACUGAAAAUGCAGCCAUGAAUCUCGCUGUACCUGGAGCGGUAUCUCUUGAUAUCCCUUUGCAAGCGGAACGACUUGUAGAAAAGAUGCAAAAUGACGUCACCAUUGACUACGAAAAAGACUGGAAGCUAAUUACCAUAUUCAUAGGCGGGAAUGACCUUUGUGCCGUAUGCCGAAACAAGACGAAGUACUCACCGGAGGCUUACAUCGAUAACAUACGAACAACCAUACAAACUCUACACGAAAAGAUGCCUCGUACCCUUGUCAACGUAGUUGGGAUUCUUGAUCUUCGAGAAAUCAACAAGUUACAGGGAGCACCUUGCAGAGCGGCUCAUUUAUUGUUCUGCGAUUGCGUUGCAAACUAUACAGACGAAGUGUUAAAAACAGAGUGGGAGCCGAUCCUCAUUCAGUAUCAGGACAUGUUGGAAGAGAUGGUAAUGAGUGGCGUCUUUGAUGAUCGAGAUGACUUCACUGUGGUUCAUCAGCCAUUCUUCCACGAGACCAAAAUACCAACAGUCCUGGGUGUUGCUGAUCGUUCGUACAUGGCACCAGACUGCUUUCAUUUCAGCGCUAAGGGUCAUGCUGAGACUGGCAAUGCAUUAUGGAACAACAUGGUACAACCGGUUGGCAGCAAAGAGAGAGCGUGGACUCCCAAUGGACCGUUGACUUGCCCAACACAAGAAUCACCGUACCUGUACACCAACAUCAACAGCCGACAAAAUCCCUCAACAAAACUUCCAAUGACAUCAAAGGUUGUCAUGACGACGGUAAAACCCAGCCCAACGGAUGAUGGUGAUGCAGAGGGUGGCGUGGCAAACCUCAGAGGGUGUCACAUCACUGCUGCUCUGUUCGUUUCUUUGUCUGCCAUUUUAAAUUAUCUUCAAGCGUGA